AGUAAGCUUACCAGUCCCUUCUUCUCCAGCUUUAACAACUCUCUUUGUAUUUGCUGCUCUUCUUUCUUGCAUUUUUAAGUCACUUUCAAAAACAUCCUAAUUUGAUCCUUGUUUUUCUUGUGCUGUAACUUUUUGAUUAAUUAUGGCUCAAGAAACAGUAACCCCAGAUGGAGAGGUUGUUGUGUCUGAAGAAGUUGGAAAUGUCAGAGUGGUGACCUUAAAUCGCCCCAAGCAAUUGAAUGUCAUUUCAUCCAAAGUGGUAAAACUACUGGCAGAGAAUCUGGAGAAGUGGGAGAAAGAUGAGAAUGCAAAACUUGUUAUCAUCAAGGGAGCUGGUCGGGCUUUUUCUGCUGGUGGGGAUUUGAAAAUGUUCUAUGAUGGCAGGAAUUCAAAGGAUUCCUGCCUCGAAGUUGUUUAUCGAAUGUAUUGGCUCUGCAAUCGCAUUCAUACAUAUAAAAAACCCACGGUUUCUCUUGUUCAUGGAAUAUCAAUGGGUGGAGGUGCAUCCUUAAUGGUUCCGAUGAAGUUCUCCGUCGUGACAGAAAAGACAGUUUUUUCAACUCCUGAAGCAAGUAUAGGCUUCCAUACGGACUGUAGUUUCUCAUACAUUCUUUCUCGGCUUCCUGGUAGAUUGGGGGAAUACUUGGGGUUAACAGGAGCGAGGCUGAAUGGUAAAGAGUUGGUUGCUGCUGGACUUGCAACACAUUUUGUCCCUUUGGAGAAACUGCCGGAGCUAGAAAAGCACUUAUUAAGCUUAAACACUGGCGACGAGGCUGUUGUCAGUUCUGCAAUCAAGGAGUUCUCAACCGAUGUUCAGAUCGAUGAAGAAAGUGUCUUAAAAAAGCAGGCAAUAAUUGAUGAGUGCUUCUCCAAGGAUUCUGUUGCAGAGAUUAUUAGUUCAUUCGAAGCUGAGGCAGGCAAAGAAGGAAACAGCUGGAUCGUGCCGGUGCUUAAAGGCCUAAAAAGAUCAUCCCCGGCAGGACUAAAAAUUACUCUAAGAUCGAUUCGGGAAGGGAGGAAGCAAACUUUGUCUGAAAGUCUGAAGAAAGAAUUCAGACUUACAAUCAAUAUACUAAGAGCAAGAAUAUCUGGUGAUGUCUAUGAGGGUAUCAGGGCUCUUACCAUUGACAAGGAUAACUCUCCAAAAUGGGACCCCCCGACUCUUGAAAAGUUGGACGAUGAACGAGUCAACCUCGUCUUUGAGCCAUUUGAAGAAGAUUUGGAGCUCAAUAUUCCAGAAAAUGAACAGUGCAGGUGGGAUGGAAAAUAUGAGGAUUCAGCAUAUUGCCAUCAGUGAAAAAUCAGAGUACAUAUCAGUUAACAUCAUCAUGCAUUGGUUUUAGCAGUCCUUUAUUGUUUUCUCAUAUAUCCUUUGCCGGUGCGCCAUGCUUCUUCCACCAAGAUCGUCUUCUGAACAUUACAUCGAUAAUCAAUAAACCGAUCCUUAAGAUCUUAUUCUGUUCUGUCUUCUUGCAUUUUAAUAAUGUUUUAGGCUUAAUUAUGCUCUGUUGUUAUCAUUUUUAAGUAUUAUAAAGUUCUUCAUAUUCAGAUUGUGGAACUGCGGUUGGAGGGAUUUUAAGCCUGCUCUUGCCUAUGGCAAAGGCAAUUAUAACAA